CACUUUUAGCCACUUUCUUUCUGGAUCUUUGCCUUUUAACCUCACUUUUCCCCAUUUCUUUUCUCUAUUCAAAGCAACAAGCUAAUUACUCUGAGGACUAUCAAUGGCGGAUUGGGGCCCAGUGUUGAUAGCGGUGGUGUUGUUCGUUUUGUUGACUCCAGGCCUAUUAUGUCAAAUUCCUGGCCGUGGAAAAGUGGUUGAAUUUGGAAACAUGCAAACUAGCGGUACUUCCAUUUUGGUCCAUACUGUAAUUUAUUUUGGGCUCAUCACUAUUUUCCUCCUUGCUGUUGGCGUCCAUGUCUACAUCGAUUAAAGUAAUUUUUACUUUUACUUGUUGUAAGUUGUAAUAAACUCUCUUCAGAUUAUUGUUUUUCCAUUUUCGAUUUACUAAUAUUUUAUCAGAUUGUAUCAAUUGGGUUAACUGUUAUACUUUAAAUGAAGUAUGCACUAGUUCUCUAAUUUUAUCUUCA